AUGCCGGAAAACAAGUCGGAGGUAAUUAAAGGUGGGAAGACUGAGAGCAGAAUGCCAGUUAAUGGGGGUCCGUACUGCAUCGGUCUCGAGGCCCGUGUCGAGAGAAACAUCGCUGAGGACGACUACGACGACCUGAUCAUUUUCGGGCUGCUGAAGCAGCAGCAGCAGCAGCAACAACAACAACAACAAAAGCAGCAGCAGCAGCAGAAGCAGCAACAGCAACAGCAGCAACAACAACAACAACAGCAGCAGCAACAGCAACAACAACAGCAGCAACAGCAGUUGUACACUACACCAGCUGGAAGGGUUUCAAAAACCGUCUAG